CUGAGGAUGGCGCGUCAUUGCCCACAGGAAGGCGCCUCAUCACGCCGGAGAGUACAUUUUCGACUUGCGCGAUGGUUCCAUCUCGCAUCUUGCUAGACUUUCAUCAACUGUGCAUCAACCGUGCAACACAAACCUAGUGUCCUUCUUGGCGACUAGGCAUUGCUGACAGCAUGCAGGCCCAUGCGCCAAGAAGUGGCAUGACCAACGACGAACAACAGGGGGCCUUCGAUGAGAAGACAGGAUCCCUGGACAACAGAUCUGAUGAGGAUACUGCAAGGAGCACACCUGAAACACAAGAAACCCUUCCCAAUGGAUCUGCGACACCUUCCGCUGCCAUACCUGGGCCUCCAAAUGGCGGUACUCAAGCGUGGAUACAAGUGCUUUGCAGUUUCUUGUUAUUCUUCAACACUUGGGGAAUCCUAAACACGUUCGGAGUAUAUCAGACCUGGUACGAGGGCGGGCAAUUAUUUCAGGAAAGCUCAAGUAAUAUAUCAUGGAUCGGAUCCAUUCAGGCUGUAAUGGUCCUAAUGGUCGGCGCAUUCGUCGGACCGAUAUAUGAUCGAGGCCAUCUUAGAGCUCUUCUCCUCGGUGGCUCUUUCAUGAUUGUGUUUGGACACAUGAUGUUGAGUCUCUGUAAAGAAUACUGGCAAGUGCUCUUGGCUCAAGGCUUCGUUGUGGGCAUCGGGGGCGGGUGCUUGUACGUGCCUUCAAUAGCCAUUCUGCCCACUUACUUCACCAGCCGAAUUGGGCUCGCCAUUGGGCUGGCGGCCAGUGGAAGUUCCAUGGGAGGUAUCAUAUACCCUAUCAUGUUUUACCGCAUGAUUAAUCACGAAGAUCUUGGAUUUGGAUGGUCCGUUCGCAUUCUUGGGUUUACAGCUUUGGCGACACUGAUCGUUCCAAUCUCUCUGAUGCGACAAAGAGUGAAGCCGGACAAGCCGAGAUCUUUGAUCGAUUGGACUGCCUUUAGGGACGUACCGUUCGUGAUAUUCGUGAUCGGGUGCACAAUCGGCUUCAUUGGUCUUUACGUUGGAUUCUUCUACAUCAGCUUUUAUGGCAACCAGCGUGGGUAUACAAGUGAGAGCCUGUCAUUUUACUUGGUGGCUAUCCUCAACGCGGGAUCAGUCUUUGGGCGAACCCUUCCGAACAUCCUCUCCGACCGUAUUGGUCCUGCAAAUGUCAUCGCACCAGGAGCUUUGUGCGUGGCAAUUGUCCUCUUCUGCCUCAUAGCUGUGCACAAUGCAGCGGGAAUGAUUGUCGUGGCCCUCUUCUUCGGCUUCUUUUCAGGGAUAUUCAUCGCUCUUCCUCCAGUGCUGUUCGUUGCGCUUACGAAGGAUAAGAGCAAGGUUGGAACACGCAUUGGAAUGGGUUUUGCCACAGUCGGCUUGGGUGUGCUCGCCGGUGGACCUGGCGGCGGCGGCAUUUUGGGCACCAGCGGCUCUGGUGCUGCACUUGCAGAUGAGCAACUCAAUUGGAAUGGGACUUGGAUCUAUGCUGGAGUUACUGUACUCGGCGCCAGUGCGAUAUUUGCGGCAGUAAGGGUGAUGAGAGGAGGAACCAAGAUCUUGGUGAAAGUGUAGGAAUAU